GUUUCUUCUCCGGAAUUGCACCGAUUCUUUGCCAUGCCGCUCAGUACCAGCCCUCCUAAAAGGGGACCCCCGAGGUUCUUUGAGGAACCUCUUCCGCGGGGACGGCUGGGCUCGACGAUGGCGCCGCUGUUUACAGAAGCCAUGUCAACUGUCAGGACCCGGCGGGGCUCUGUGUGUGAGAGGCACACGAAUGCCCCGGGGUCGCCCUCCAUGAGGAACCAGCGGCGGAUGCUCACGAAGUCGAAGACCAGGAGAACCGAGCUGCUGGCAGCGUUGGAGAAGGUGGAGAACAUGAACAAGCCUCGUGCACGAGUCUCGAGCUUUCUGGAUAUUUUCGAGGAGGAGGAGCUCCGGCCCCAGUCUCGUCGGCCCUCCUCGCUGCCUGGCGGCCUCGGCGAAAGCCGGCUGGAUUCCCAAGGAUCCGGUCUUGGAUUCUUCCAGGACAAGUGGAAAGACCUGGAGACGGCUGUGCAGCCGCAGCUUCGAAAUCGGGCCUACACGGAGGAGCUGCGAAGGGACUUGUUGGUGGAGUUUGACGGGAAGAAAGAGAUGGGCCAAGCUGUGAAAGCAGGCUACAUCACAGAGGACUUCUCUCGCUUGGUGUAUGACAAGUUCAAGAACGAGGAUGAGCCGGCCUUUCUGCACGAUUUGCACUUGGAGGCAUGCGGUGGGAUCGUAAACGUGGCCGAGAUCCCCUUGACAGAGAAGUACUUCUGGUUCAUCGUGCUGCUCGUGUCCGUCGCCUUCAAUGUGUGCUACCUGGUGCACCUGGAUUGGAACAUCUUCAAGACUUACUUCCUGGAGGUCUUUGGCACCGUGAACUUGCGCCUCAUCGCAGAUCGCCUGCAGAAUGGUGGAGGCGAGCAAUCCAAGGAGCGGAUCGAGGCGGAGCUCUUUGAUGACCCGAACUUCAAGGCGAGUAUUUUCGGGCUGAUAUCAGACCAUCCGACCCGUAUGAUGAUCGUCAAUGCUGCUGUCAUGGUUGCCAUUUGGGAGGUGGUUUGGCUUUGCAUGCAGGUGGUGAGAAUCCUGCAGAUCUUUUACGUGGUGGUCUGUGACAAGUCUGAGUACAAGCGAUACCAUGCCCUGGGCUCCUUCUUCCAACGGCUCUUGCCGCAGGUGAGCACAUUUUCUGCGGUGAAGCUUCUGGCCCAUGUGCACCCGUCGCUCAUCAUGCACGAGUACAAGAUUUGGAUCUCUGAGUGGUCUGAGAUGAUGUUGUGCGGUCACCGCCGCAACACCCUGGGUAUUAUCAUGUUGACGUUCUCGUUUGUGCUCUUCAACGUUUGCUGUGCCAUAGCCUCCGUUUGCGCCUUCUCGGUGAAGAUGCUGGCCGUAAGCUUCAAGCUGGUGAACCCGGAUGUGGCAGUGUGGCUGCGGGUGGCAAGCAUUCUAGCAACACUCAACCAAGUCGUCGGAGCAGUUUACAUCGAGCGGGUGCUGCAGGAACGCAUCUACCUCUUCGUGUUUGGUGGCCGAGAUGCCAUCUACGAGGAUGAUGAGCUUGCCUACCGCAACGCUUACGAGACUAGGCUGAUGAAGGAGAUUUGGACCACGUACUACAAGAAAGGGAAGUGGCUGCGCGCCAUCGUGCUGCUGGCCACGCUAGAUCACUACGACCUGCAGUACCUGAUGAUCGAGGAUCCCGAGGAAGAGAUCGACUUGUACGACAGGUUAGGCCUCGUGAGCCGGGAGAGAGCAGGAGGGAUGCAUGAUGAACCAACGCGGUCCCUUUCUGCGCCUGACAACCUCAGCCACAAAAAGCAGAGGUCAGUGCAGAAUGCGAAGCAGGUGACGGAGAACUUGGAUCUGCCGAUCUGUGCGCGGCUGUGGGAGGGGUCAGGAUGUCUGCCGGGAACUGACAGAGUCCACUCCAACCCCGACCUCCUGGAGACAGUCCAAGAGGUCGAGGAGCACCAUAGUUCUCCAGUUGCCGCACUGGAGGAGAAGGACGAUGAGGCGUUCUUCACGCACGACAUGCUGCCAUCGGCGUCAGAGAGCUCUGUGUCUGCGACGAGAUCUGUGGUCGAGAUCCAGGUGCCAAUUCCAGCUGAACGCCUCAAGUUGCCUUCAGUGGAUGAGUUCGGGCCAAUCGACAGUGAGAAGGAGCCCCUGAGCAGCAGGUACCAAGACUCGCCCACCAAUCACACCUGGACGCAGGAGGUGGAGCAAGAGGACCAGGAAGAGGAGGAUCUAGAUCCAGCGACCGAGUCCUCGCAGCCUUUGCUCUUCCCCCCGCAGGAUGAAGCUUGCGAUGAGUGCUCGAGCAGGGAGUCCACGAGAUCGACGGGCAUGGCCGGUUUGGCUCGGGCACUGGGAAGCAGAUGUCGGGCUUGGGGCGACGGGACAGACGGGCUUGAUUCAGGCUAUCAGCCUCGAAGGAGUGCUAGGUGGGGAGAUGGCUGGAGUGACAGCGGAAUUCCAAUGUCCCGGUCCGGAACCAAAGACAGUUUCGACUGGGACGCAAUGUUUAGUCCUCAGGCGAAGGGCCACGACAUGGUUUGAGUGUCAGCUCCGCCUCCAUACAGAUUCAUUCCUAGUCGAGCUGUGACCGAAGGCGUGAUAUUCACUUUCGC